AUGUCUGAGCGAAAGGUCCUGACGAAGUAUUACCCACCCGACUUCGACCCGUCGGCGAUCGGGCGCACGCCCAAACACCUCCGCCAAAAGGGUCCGAAAGUCAUUACCGUUCGUCUGAUGGCCCCGUUCUCUAUGAAAUGCACCAGCUGCGGAGAAUACAUCUACCGAGGGCGCAAGUUUAACGCUCGCAAAGAAAACCUGGAGGAAAAAUAUCUCAACAUUCCAAUCUACCGCGGCGAGAUCACAUUCCGCACCGACCCGAAGAACAUGGAUUAUGAAUGCGAAAAGGGCGCCAAGCGAAACUUUGAGGUGUGGCGAGAUGCUAAGGACGACAAGUACAAUGAGACACAGGAGCAGACGCUGGACCGUCUCGAGCGCGAGGAGAAUGAAGAGGCGGAACAGCUUGAGCGUGACAAGAUGGCUGAGUUGGAGGAGAAAAUGAAGGAUUCGAAGCGCGAGAUGGCUAUUGCGGAUGCUUUGGACGAGAUUCGGACACGCAAUGCGCGCAUUGAGCGGAACGAGACAAACAGCGACGACGUGGCUCUGAGCUUUGUCCGGGACGAGGUGGACGAGGCCAAGCUGCUGCAGGAGAAAGAGGAUGAGGAAGCGGCGCGCCGGGCUUUCAUGACUUCUACCGGAGAGAAAAUAAAGCGCAUCGUUGAGGAGGAGGAGCCACCCAUUCUGGCUGGACCGUCAACAUCGAAACCUUCAAUCCAAAUGCCCCCGCCAUCGGCGUCGUUUGCACGGGUCAAGAAACCGAAGAAGCCUACCGGUAGUCUUCUUGGGAUCAAGAAGAAGCAGUCGCUUGUUUGA